GUAAAUGAAACAGGAAAUAACUCACUUAGCAGGACAGAAAGAGAAGCCUGCAACAGACUUUUGCAUUGCCAGGGAAUUAUAGUAGAGAGCUUUGUUCUCAGGUCUAAUGCUUAACAUUUAACAAAAUAUUGCAUGUACAGCAGAUACAAACUCCUUGAUAAAGGAACAGAUAUGUUUACUAUAGAUAAUCUACAAAGUGAGAAGCAGUUUGAAUAAUCUGGAAGUGUGGCAUGGCUGAGAGCGUACCCACAAUGGAUAACUCUGAUGAGGACCUCUAUAAUGUACCGGAUUCCUAUCUUAAGUCAUACUGUGAGGAAGGAGAGAUCACUCCACCAACACCACAGUCUGGCUAUGUUCCUCCACCAGGAGAAGUAACAGUUCUCAAUGCUGGCCAGGAGACUGUUUCUCUUGGCUUUUCCCUCCCUGAUAACUCUGUAAGGUAUACACUGCAAUUAGAUUACUCCUGCAACACACAGAGAGACAGUUUGAUCACAGAGGACUCCAGCACUGUGAAGGUUGAGGGACUGACUCCUGGGACUGAGUAUACUUUCAGCAUCAUAAGGAUUGCAGACAAUGGAAAUCGAAGCAAAGCAACCUCCCUAUCUGUCUUCACAGAGCCCAGCCCUCCUCUGCAGCUUACAGUCUACCAGGUCAGCAGUGAGUCUCUGUCUCUGCGUUGGGACACCCCUGCUGGUGAAGUGGAGAGUUACAUCGUGACUUGUUGCAGUGAGGGAGACACUGUGCAACAGAUGACAGCGGACACAAACAACCUGACCCUCAGCAACCUGAAUCCAGGAGUGUGUUACUCUCUCCAGGUUUCUGCACAACUUAGGAAUGGAAGAAUAAGCAAGCCAACUGUAACAUCUGUCCACACAAAGACACACCUAAAAGGCCUAUUGGAGGAUCUGGGGUUGGAGCAGCACUACACAGAGAAGCUAUCCCUGAGCACAAUACUUCAGAUUGAUGAGAAGACCAUUACUGAUGAACCUGCUAAGUGUAAUUCAGAUCUUCCAUGGUAUUUUCUGAAGAAACUGAUGAUGGUUAAUGUGACAGCUAGGAAUGUGAAAUGUACAUCAGUAUGUGAGUCCAACUAUGAUGAUCCGUCAGGGAAUACAGAGUUAGAUCUUGAUAAUCUGGUCAACAGUCUAUAUUCAGGUGACAUGCUAAACCCCCUUGACAUGAUCACUGCUCUCUUUCUGUGUUCUGAUGGUUUUGUACGGCAGGAAAUGGCCCUCAAAAUGUCCAUGUGUCAGUUUUCUGUGCCUCUGUUGCUUCCUAAUUGUGACACAAAGCAGUGCACACUCAUGCUUUGGGCCAUGAGAGACAUUGUUAAAAAGUACAGACCUCAGUCUCUUUCACAAUCCAAGGGCUUCAUUGAACAAAGAAUUGCUCUCUCUGAACUUCCGAUGAUAUCUUUUGUGAGAAUGGGUGAGUGCUCCCUGUCCAAGUCAGAGAUCCUCAAUAAGCUUCUGAGCAAUUCCCAGCAGUACCAUGAUACCUUUGUUCAUCAUGAUAUGGAGUGUGGUGACAGUCCAAGGAAAAUAUCCAAUGGACUGGCUGAAAUGACUUGGUACCUUCCAUGUGGGAACAAAAAUAUGGAUGUUUUCAGUGAGCCUGUAGCUGUAGCUAACCUUCGUGGGGACAUUGCUUUGUUUGAAACACAAUUUUCUUUUUUGUGUCAGACAUCUGCAGCAGUUUUUGUGUUCUUUGACACUCUGGACUCUGAAUGUAAGCUACUUACCAACCAACACCACAAGGCACAGAUCUUCUUGGUGGGUAACCAUCAAAGCAAGCAUUUCAACUUAAAUGCUCUAAAGAAGGUAUCAACCAAGUUGGGCUUAACUAACAGCAACAUCAUUUUGAAGGCUAAGAACAUGAAUGAUGCAGACUUUGUCAAAACCCUGCGGAAAACAGUCAGCAAUGUUGUUGAGAACUCAAAGAUGAAGAUGCAAAUUGAGCAGAUGGCUGACAUCGCCCAUGAACUGGGAAUCUGGGUUGAUGAAGACUCUUCAGAGUGCCAGGCUGCCAAGAAAAAUGCAGAUGCCAUCACUGCAGAAAUUCAAAAUAUCCUUGAAUACAAAGAAGCUCAGCUACCCUUACAAGGCCAAAUAUGGAAGGAACUGACUUGCUUAGAGAAGGAAGAAUUUCGGCUUCGAAAAGUUGGGUCUGAGGACAUAGAAAAAUACAAAAGUGAUCUUCAGGUACAGAAAACAGAACUUCGGAAAAAACAGAACUCUUAUGCCAUGUCAAAUGCAAUGACAUGUUUUACUAGCGCAAUAUCAAGCCCAGGAAUAGAAAGGUGCUAUUUCCUGAAAUGGAUGCGAAUGAACCUCGAUAAUGUGUCUCGAGAAAAACUGUCUGGCCUCAGGGAGCAGUACAAAGAAAAAUGCAAAGAUUCUGAGAACAAAGAGGAGAUCAAAGACAUUGACAAACAACUUUCCAACAGCUCACUGGGCACUGAACACUUCUUCCGUGAAAUGGGUCAGAUCUACGAAGCUUCACUUUCCCUUCCAGAAACAGACCAAUCACGUCAACAAUUACAGAAUCUGCCCAACCUUUGUGCAGAAUUGUUACUUGAUGGAUUCCCUCUUGAGCUUGUAGAUGGAGAUGCAUCCAACAUACCUCUCCGAUGGGUGAGUGACGUUCUCUCUCAGCUCAAUGACUUGGUGACUCCUAAGAACAAGAUACUGGUAGUCACAGUCCUUGGAGUUCAGAGCACAGGAAAGUCCACUCUCCUCAACACCAUGUUUGGAGUGCAGUUUGCAGUCAGCAGUGGACGAUGCACUCGAGGUGCCUUUAUGUUGCUCAUCAGAAUCAAUGAAGAUCUUAAAAAAGAACUCAACUGUGACUUCAUGGUGAUCAUUGACACUGAGGGCUUGAAGUCACCAGAGCUUGCACAACUGGACAAUAGCCAUGAGCAUGACAAUGAGCUUGCAACACUUGUUGUGGGGCUGAGUGAUAUCACCAUCAUCAAUAUUGCAAUGGAGAAUUCAACAGAAAUGAAGGACAUCCUACAAAUAGUUGUGCAUGCUUUCCUCAGGAUGAAAGAGGUUGGCAAAAAGCCCAAAUGUCAGUUUGUUCACCAGAAUGUGUCAGAUGUUUCAGCCCAUGACAAGAACUUACGAGACAGGAAGCUGCUCUUGCAACAGUUAAAUGAGAUGACCCAGGCAGCAGCCAAAAUGGAAAAGAAAGAGGAGAACAAGAGCUUCACUGAUGUGAUGGAGUACAGUCCAGACACUGGGAACUGGUACAUUCCUGGACUCUGGAAUGGAAACCCACCAAUGGCACCAGUCAAUGAAGGGUACAGUGAAGCUGUAUAUGAGCUCAAAAAGAACAUAAUCCAAAUUUUGGGAAGUUGUGAGUCAUCUGCUAAUAAUAUCUUGGAGUUCACAGAGUGGAUAAAAAGCCUGUGGAAUGCAGUAAAGCAUGAAAACUUCAUCUUCAGCUUCAGAAACAGCCUGGUGGCUGAUGCAUACAUGAGGCUGUGCACAGAAUUCAACAAAUGGGAAUGGGAAUUCAGAAAAGAAAUGUACACAUGGGUGACAAAAUCUGAAACAAGAAUUUCCAACUACGGUACAGUUGCUGUGAAAUCUGAGGUAUCUGACAUGAGAGAACUUCUCACACGUUUGAAAAGUGAAGCUUGCACAGUGCUGUCUAAAUGGGAGACAAAACUCCUUGGAAAUUUAACACAGUACUUCAAGCAAACAGAGGGCCAUGUCUAUCUAGUUGAACAAUACAGAGAGGACUUUGCUAACGGUGCAAAGAGCCUUCGACAAGAAAUGGAGCGCUCUGUACUUAAUCAGCUCACAGCAGCAGCUGACAUCAGACAGGGAAUGACAGAACUUGAUAGAAUCAAGGAGAACCACACAAAAGAAUUAGAGGGGAGAGUAAGUGGACUGAUUGAACAGUGUCGGAAGAAAAAAGUCCAGAUGACAGACAAAGAGCUCGACAAAGAAUUUGAUAAGAUGUGGAAACAAAUGGUAAAUGAACUAUCUUUUCCUGAACAAAAGGCCACAAUCGUCAUCAGAAGUGUGUCCCACCACCUGAGAGAAAAUCUAUCACGUAAGGGGAGUCAUGCAUGUCAAUUAUUAAGUCAAAAAAGCCUGAAAGAUUGUGGACAGGAGCCUUUUACAUACACAGCGGAAGGAUUUUGCAAGAAGGUUAAACACACACUCGGCAAGAUUUUCAACAUUGAAGAUCAGGUAAUGGCUUUGCAAAAAACAGCUGAUCAUAUCUCAAUGGACUGCACACAGUUUGUGACUGAAAAAUUGGAAAAAAAGAACAAUUACCAUGAGACUUACAUCCAGGAGAUCCUACACGUGAUUGAUGAGAGGCUGCAAAACAAUCAGGAUGUUAAGAGAGAGAUCGAGUUUGAAGUUUCUCUGAAACAGCACAUCUGUGGAUUUGCAGCCAGAGAGUUUCAGAAAAUGCAUGAAGAUUUCAUACAAAGGAAUGAUCCCUACAGAUGUCUGAAUCGAAACAAAGAAAAGUUUCGAGCUGAUUUUAAAGAUGUGUUCCAUGAACGAGACCAGUGCCAGAAGAAGGCAGAAGAAUUCACGAACCGCUGCUUGAAGCCUGCAGUCGAAGACUUUGUCAACCGUUCCCUGGGUCCUGAUAUCAUUGGUGAAAUGUUGACAAGCCAGCAGUUCAGCACACGCAUGUUCUUCCAGUAUUCAGUUUUACUGGAUUUGCUCUCAAAGGAUGACUUUGAAAAGUAUCAGAGCUAUAUUUGCUCAUAUGAGGAGUAUGUGAAGAAAUGGAUACUCGAUCAAAUAGUGGAACGCUUCUCAAAUCAGUCUACGUUUAAGUUUGAGGAUCAACAUCUCCAGUCAAGUGUCAGAAGCAUAAAUAAUGCCAUCAACAAAGCUAAAACAGAAAAGAGUGGCAACUUGAAGACAUUCGUUAAAAAUGUCUGUCAGGAACUUGGUGAUAAACUGGUCAUUUCCCAGGAUGCUCUUGGUGCUUUCAUGAUCCUGAACAAUGCCGACCAGAAACUGUUUGCUCACUGGCUCACAGAGUGUGUGAAGGACAUGGCGAAUGCUCUUGGAAAAACGUUUAAACACACUAACAUCCAAAUGAAACUAAAGAAACUUCAUGUGAAUCCUCAGGAUGAGCUUUUCAUCAAACUGAUCGGAUGUGGUAAACAGUGUCCAUUCUGCAAAGCGCCUUGUGAGGCAGGAGGAAGAUUCCACACUGAGCACUGGACUUCACUACAUCGGCCAGAGGGUCUGGGUCGUUUCAGGUGGCAUGAGACAAAAACACUUGUCACUGACGUAUGCUCUUCCUCGGUGCUCAGUGACAAACGUUUUCGCUGCAAUGCUACAAGGGGUGCAUGGCACCCUUACAAGCGUUACACAGAUUUUUUCCCAGACUGGAGAAUUGCUCCAGAUGCAAGUCUUCAGGCAUCAGACUACUGGAAAUAUGUACUGGCAAAGUUCAACAAGCAGUUUGCUGAAGCAUAUAAUGCAAAGCCUGCUGAUAUUCCUCUAAUGUGGAGAAUUAUCACUCGUAAGCAAGCAGAAGCAAGCAUCAAGGAGUCAUUUAACAUCAAGUAAAAGACUACAUGCUUUGUAGUUACAGAGGGGGACAUCCUCCUCAUAUGGAAGGCUGAAGAUAUUGAUAUUUACCACUAAGGCUUACAAGAGGAAAAUAUAAGAAAAUCACUGCAAUUAGUGCUCACCUUUACCUGAGAUCACAUUUAACAUGUUUAAUAAAUGAUAAUCUGCUUUAACUCUGUUUAUGUUGAUGAGUAUUAAUCUGCUUUAACUCUGUUUAUGUUGAUGAGGACACCGUAAAUACUAUACAAUAUACUAUACUUUAAGUCAAUGUACAUGUUAGGUGCACAUUGUUUCUAGUUUGAUUAAAUCAGACUUUGAAUUUAUGUUUUUGUGGGAUAGAUGAAUGCCAAUGUUAUAUUGUCACUGAAAAGAUGCACACAGUUAAUCAAAUGUGAUCUUUUAUUUAGUGUUUCUGUCAAACAUUUAUAUUUUUUUUAAACACCACUCAGUCUUUAUGUGGUAUUGUCAUAAUAGGACGGACAGUUUUUUUUUAUUAUCUGAUUGAGUAUGCUAUGUGAUUGUUUACGCGAAAGUUAGAAUACAUUCAUUUUUGUUUCUAUGAAGUAUCUGAUGCAAAAUAUUCAUUUUCAAUGUAUCAAAAGAUCAUUCAGUCUAAAUGCCAGCAUGUAGGUUUUACAUGUUUUUCUUUCCUUCUCCUCUUCUUUCUAAUUGAGUAUAAUAUGCAAUUUUGUUACUCACAAUUUCGAAAUGUCUUUGUUUUCAAUUAAUUAUCUGGUUCCAAAUAUUUCAAUUUCUAGUCUAUGUUCUAUCUCUUUUAUUCUGAAUUUAGAAUGUUUUUGGUUCUGCAACAUAUCAAAUGCCACAUAUUUACAUUUUUGUAUCAAUUAAAAGAUAAUUCAGUCUACAUGUGGUAUUCUGAACAUGUAUAAAAGAAAUCCAAGUCAUUCUAUAUGUGGUAUUGUCAACAUUUAUACAUUAUUUACUUCUGUUAACUGAUUCAUAAAGAGGCAAAAUGGCA